GGGAAAAGGGGGAUGAGCUGGGCAGGCUGCGCUCGGGACGGACAGCGCUCAUUUUUCCGCUGCUGGGGGGAGAUGGACCUCUGACUCGGAGGCCGGCGUUAAUGAAGCUGGCUCGGCGCCUCGAAUUGCCUUAUUACCUGCUGCAGCAAAUCUUAACAGUCUGGAUAGGCUAUGGACCUUCACAUGAUAAGACUUCAUCCCCUUACCUGGUAAAAUAACUACUUUGAAUGAAAUACAUCAUCCAGGUGAAAGUGGAUAAGUAAAGCUGAUUCGUCAUGCCUGCUGUGGCUUCAGUUCCUAAAGAACUCUACCUCAGUUCUUCACUCAAAGAUCUCAAUAAGAAAACAGAAGUUAAACCAGAGAAAAUAAGCACUAAGAAUUAUGUUCAGAGUGCCCUGAAGAUCUUCAAGACAGCAGAAGAGAGCAGAUUAGAUCGUGAUGAGGAAAAGGCCUAUGUACUAUAUAUGAAAUACGCGACUGUUUAUAACCUUAUCCGAAGUAGGCCUGAUUUCAAGCAACACCAGGAUUAUUUUCAUUCUAUACUUGGACCUGCAAACAUAAAAAAAGCUAUUGAAGAAGCUGAAAGACUCUCUGAAAGCCUUAAACUCAGAUAUGAAGAAGCUGAAGUUAGGAAAAAACUUGAAGAAAAAGACAGACAAGAGGAAGAGCAGUUGCAGAAACAGAAAAGGCAAGAAACAGGAAGAGAAGAAGGUGGUACAUUGGCUAAAAGUUCUUUGGAAAAUGUCUUGGAUUCUAAAGACAAAACCCAAAAGGUAAAUGGUGAAAAGAGUGAAAAAAGUGAGACCACAGAGAAAGGAACAAUUACGGCAAAGGAACUGUACACAAUGAUGAUGGAUAAAAACACCAGCUUAAUUAUAAUGGAUGCUCGGAAAAUGCAGGAUUAUCAGCUUUCCCAUAUUUUAAAUUCCCUCAGUGUUCCUGAAGAAGCCAUCAGUCCAGGAACCACUACUAGUUGGAUUGAAGCAAAUCUCCCUGAAGAUUCUAAAGACACUUGGAAGAAGAGAGGGAUGGUGGAUUAUGUGGUACUUCUUGACUGGUUUAGUUCUCUAACAGAUCUACAAUUGGGAACUACUCUGUGGAGUCUGAAAGAUGCACUUUUCAAAUGGGAAACAAAAGCUGUCCUGCGCAAUGAGCCUUUGGUUUUGGAAGGAGGCUACGAAAACUGGCUCCUUUGUUAUCCCCAGUACACAACAAAUGCUAAGGUCACUCCACCCCCACGAGGCAGGAAUGAAGAGGUGUCUGUCUCAUUGGAUUUUACUUACCCUUCACUGGAAGAACCAGUUCCUUCUACACCUACUGCACAGAUGCCACUUCCUUCUAUAGAAAUAGUUGGAAAUAUAGAAUUGACUCACCAUCAAGCUGAGCAAAUGGGACCAGUGCAGAUACCAGCUCCGUAUCAAUCAGUUGCCACAUUUAAGCCUGAUGUCUCACCUAUAAUUCAUUCAGUGCCUAUUAUAAAGACUAUUCCUCAGAUUGAUCGUACUACAAAACCAGCAGUCAACUUUCCUGAAGAUUAUAGAAUAAGACCUGAAAGCACAAAGUAUGAGCAUGGAGUAAUUAUUCCUGAUCGGUCCACAAAGCCGCUAUUUCCCUUUCCGACUACCAUGUUAACAGAUGAAGAAAAAGUUGUUAUUCUUACAGAAAAUAUUCCUCAAAUGGAGAAAAGCAAACAAGUCCUAGAAAGACAGCAAGAGGAACAAAUAGAGAAAAUGAGGGAAGAACAAGAACAAAAAGGCAGAAGGCAGCCAUCCGAAGAGAAUGAAGCCAUAGAGAAGCGACAGAAAGCAAAAGAGGAAAUAGAAAUGAGAGAAAACGAGCAGGCCGGGGAAGAAGAGGAUGAAGCCUCAGCAAAGAGGGGCAGAGAAAUCACAGGAGUUAAAAGGCAAAGUAAAAGUGAGCAUGAAACUACUGAUGCCAAGAAGUCUGCGGAAGAUAGGGGGAAACGGUGUCCAACCCCAGAACUGCAGAAGUCAACAGGCGAGCUGUCUCAUGCCACUGUGAUAGGAGAUGCCAGCACAGUCAAGGCUCAACGAGAACCUUUGACAAGAGCACGGAGUGAAGAAAUGGGGAGGAUUGUACCAGGGCUGCCUUCAGGCUGGGCCAAGUUCCUUGACCCAAUUACCGGAACUUUUCGUUACUAUCAUUCACCCACCAACACUGUUCAUAUGUAUCCACCGGAAAUGGCUCCUUCAGCACCUCCUUCCACCCCUCCAACUCAUAAAACCAAGCCACAGAUUCCUGCUGAGCGGGAUAGGGAACCCUCCAAACUGAAACGCUCCUACUCCUCCCCAGAUAUUACCCAGGCUAUUCAAGAGGAAGAGAAAAGAAAGCCAGCCAUAACUCCAUCAAUUAAUCGGGAAAACAAGCCAGCAUGCUACCCUAAAGCUGAGAUCACAAGGCUUUCUGCUUCUCAGAUUCGAAACCUCAACCCUGUUUUUGGAGGAGGUGGGCCAGCUCUCACUGGGCUUCGGAAUUUAGGAAAUACUUGUUAUAUGAACUCCAUAUUGCAGUGCCUCUGUAAUGCUCCACAUUUGGCUGAUUAUUUCAAUCGAAACUGUUACCAAGACGAUAUUAACAGGUCGAAUUUGCUGGGACAUAAAGGUGAAGUGGCAGAAGAAUUUGGCAUAAUCAUGAAAGCCCUGUGGACAGGACAGUACAGGUAUAUCAGUCCGAAAGACUUUAAAAUCACCAUUGGGAAGAUCAAUGACCAGUUUGCAGGAUGUAGCCAACAAGACUCCCAAGAGCUGCUUCUGUUCCUCAUGGACGGUCUACAUGAAGACCUGAAUAAAGCUGAUAACCGGAAGAGACACAAAGAAGAAAAUAAUGAUCAUCUCGACGACCUUAAAGCUGCAGAACAUGCUUGGCAGAAACAUAAGCAACUCAAUGAAUCUAUCAUCGUUGCACUUUUUCAGGGUCAGUUCAAAUCCACAGUACAGUGCCUCACCUGUCACAGAAAGUCUAGGACGUUUGAGGCCUUCAUGUAUUUGUCUCUGCCGCUAGCAUCCACAAGUAAAUGUUCAUUACAGGAUUGCCUUAGGUUAUUUUCCAAAGAAGAAAAGCUCACAGAUAACAACAGAUUUUACUGCAGUCAUUGCAGGGCUCGGCGGGAUUCUCUAAAAAAGAUAGAAAUCUGGAAGUUGCCACCUGUGCUUUUAGUGCAUCUGAAACGCUUUUCCUACGAUGGCAGGUGGAAGCAGAAAUUGCAAACAUCUGUGGAUUUCCCACUAGAAAAUCUUGAUUUAUCACAGUAUGUUAUUGGUCCAAAGAACAACUUGAAGAAAUAUAACUUGUUUUCUGUUUCCAAUCACUACGGUGGCUUGGAUGGAGGCCACUACACUGCCUAUUGUAAAAAUGCAGCCAGGCAGCGGUGGUUCAGAUUUGAUGAUCAUGAAGUUUCUGACAUCUCCAUUUCUUCUGUGAAGUCUUCAGCAGCUUAUAUCCUCUUUUAUACUUCAGUGGGACCAAGAAUAACUGAUCUAGCCACAUAAGGAAAAGUAGGUUGCAAGCUCGUUAUCUUUUUACACGCUGAGGAACACAACUCUUGAAAUGCUUAUACAGAGACGGCAUAGCUGUAGCCAGCCCUUUAGAGGAGCUGUAGGUCAGUGGGAGCUGUCACUGUCACCGCAGACUCCAGGUCAGUGCUCUUAUAGAACAAAACACUGACUCGCGACAUUUACCAAGUACCGCAGUGAGUGCGCAUUACAGGUACCAUUUACUUCGAGAACAAUUUUUUAGUCUGCUCUAAAGUCAAAAUAAUUAACUAGAUUAAAUAUUAUUCUUAUGGUAUCCUUAUUUCCCUUUUCACUGUAUGGCCUUUCCACAUUUCUGAAUCCCAGCUUGAUCUACUCUGAAUACCCUACCUAGAUUGAUGUAAAACAGAUAGGAAUGUAUGUGGAUAUAUUUAUUGCACACUUGCACAUCAGAUUUGAUGAUGUACAUAGUAUAAUACAUGGUCCUUUUGUGAAGCCUAGAACUCAGAUUGCUUUUUUUUUUUUUUUUCUUUUGUCAUAUUCUGAGUAACUGCAGUGCUUUCUUAGGGAAAUGACAGGACAAAGCUAUUUUUUCUGUUAGCUUUGGGCUGUAUUUGUGCACUAAAUCUUUAUUCUAAAAUAAUAAUAAUAAUAAAUGGAAUCUUUAAUUU